CUUUUCUGGCUCAGUUGGCUUCCUAAAUCUAUAUAUAUAGAGAGAGAAGGAGGUUUAGCUAAUAGCUUAAUCUGUCGAUUGAUCGAUCAAAUAUGGAGGUGAAGGAGAAGGCAAAGGACAAGGUAAAACAAUUAGAGCUGAAAGUGCCUCCGUCCGUUGACGUAAAAAAAGAAAGAUUGAUGCCACUUUUGGUGGGAAUUAAGGAUGUGGAUUCGGUGGCGGUGGAAGAGAAGGAUGGUGUGAUCAAAUCGGCAACGAUUAUAGGGAUGAUGAAACAUGAACAAAUCCUGCAUAUUCUGAACAUCGUAGAAAAUAAAGAAAGUUCCUGUUGCUCUAUAUGCGGCGAUGGUGAACUUGAUGGUGAUGAGAGAGUGAUAAUUGCAACAUUUGGCACACUCGAAAACAAAAAAAGCGAAAAAGAUGCGCCCGAAAAGAAAAACGGCGAAAAAGAUGCGCCCGAAAAGAAAAAAGGCGAAAAAGAUGCGACCGCUGCCUCACAACCUCAGGUUGUGGUGAUGCAACUGGGCAAUGAUGAGGUUGAGGUGAGAAGACAAGCAAUGAUAACAGCGGCAGAGUUUAUUACAGAGGUGGAAUCUAUCUCGCUGGACGCCACCAAUAAUCUAAUUACAGUUACCGGGAGCACCGCAGCAGCGGUGGCCGCCGUGGUUUCAACGAUGAUGAGCAUAUCUAAGGAAUUCAAACCACAUGUUGUUUCUGUGACUCCCAAACCGAAGGAGAAGCCGAGCAACAAUAAUAAAGACGACAAGAAUAAUGAUAAAGACGACGAGAAGAAGAAUAAUAAAGGCGACAACAAAAACAUGAAACAGGAAAUGCAACUGCAAAAUAUUCCGAGCAAGGAACUAGUAAAGGCUGUGGUACAGAUUGUGAAGGAGGGCGAUGUGGAAUCCAUCAAAAAGGGAAAAGACAAUUUAUUAACACUUGUAGUACCCGACGGGUGUGCAGAUUAUUAUAUAUAUGGUGAUAUUGCUACAAGUCGGGGAGGAUCACUAAAUACGAUCAAGAAGAGUUUCUCAAUACCUGCGGAGAAGAAGAAGACGUUUGAUCCCAAAAAGAAAAUAGUGGUGCAGCUGGACCCAUCGAAGGAAUAUAAUGGGCAAGAGGCGAUGAGAUCCGUCGGCGCCGGCUGUUUCGAUGAUUUGGAUAAAAUCGAGAUAGACAGGGGAAAGAAGGUGGUGACAGUGACGGGGACAGCCAAUCCAGGGCAAAUACUGA